AUGUCGUCAGGAUUGACGAGACGCCGCGGAGGCGGAGGCGGUGCCACCAACGACGGCGAGGCUAGCAAUGGUGCCAGUCGAGCCAACUCGUCCCAGAAUAUACGCGACAGCGGGCCCGAGACCAGCUACGAGGACGGCGAGAAUGGCCAGAAGAUUGCCUACGACCCGCGCGACAUCAGCGAAAGCGCCGAGAGAAGUAAACAGCCGAAGCUCACAUUAAUGGAGGAGGUGGUACUGCUAGGACUCAAGGACAAACAGGGCUACCUCUCCUUCUGGAAUGAUAACAUCAGCUAUGCGUUGCGAGGCUGCAUCGUCAUCGAGCUGGCCUUCCGAGGUCGCAUCGCCAUGCAGAAAGAUCCCUCGAGGCGGCGAUUCCCCCUAGCGGACCGUGUCAUCGAAGUCAUUGAUGGUACACUCACAGGCGAAGUUCUGCUGGACGAGGCCUUGAAGAUGAUGAAGCAGAGCGAGAAGAUGAGUGUCAGCACGUGGAUUGACUUGAUGAGCGGUGAAACCUGGAACCUUAUGAAGAUUGGCUACCAGCUGAAGCAAGUCCGCGAACGUCUGUGCAAAGGUCUGGUCGACAAGGGCAUUCUCCGCACCGAGAAGCGCAACUUCCUCCUUUUCGACAUGGCCACCCAUCCGGUCGCUGACGGCGGUGCGAAGGACGAGAUUCGGAGGCGCGUUAGGAACGUCCUCACUCAGCGGACCGUCAUACUGCCCAACUCGCAAUUCCUGCCCGAGAAUCUCGAGUUCCGAUACGUUCGGACCAUCGCUAUGGUUUGCGCCGCCUAUGCUGCCAACGUACUGGAGAAUGCUCUGAGCACCCUCGGACAUGAGGCUCGGGAACGGGCUUUCACGCAAACGGAUGAGCUGCUUGCCGAGUACUCCCAGUGGCCCUUUGGCCGGAAAACGGGCUCGACUGGCAUUGGGGCCAACAUCCCGCAAGUCGUUUCGGAUGAGGUCAACAGCGGGAAGGACAAGGAACUUCAGCUCGAAGUUGUGGCCGCUUGUCUGAACGUCUUCACUCGUCUGGAUUCGCUGCUAUAG